AGCUCCGUGGACGAGGAAGGCCCUGCGGAGUGGACGGAGAUCAAUGCCGGAAGUGUCCGCUGAUGUGGCUGCGGCCCGUGCCAAGCUGGCCGAGUGCGGGGUCCGGACCGGUGGAAAGGGAACGGCCCGGCGGACGAAGCUCUCGAAGCACGCCAGCAACGGCGCGGACGACAAGCAGCUUCAGGCACAGUUGAAGCGCUUAGGUGUGAACAAUAUCCCGGGUAUCGAGGAGGUGAACAUGUUCAAAGAGGAUGGUCAGGUGCUCCAUUUCGCCACCCCAAAGGUUCAAGCCUCCGUGGGCGCCAACACCUAUGUCAUUAGUGGACACGCAGAGAACAAGAAGCUUGAGGAGCUGCUGCCGGGGGUGAUCAACCAGAUCGGUGCUGAGAAUCUCAUGAGCUUGAAGAGGAUUGCCGAGGGCUUUGCAGGAAGCAUGGACGAGAAGAAGGAUGAGGACAUCCCCGACAUCGGCGAAAACUUCGAGGAAGUCAGUAAGCAGUGAAGGCGCUAAGCUCGCGUCGUUCGUGCGAACGCGAGCUUCGGACACGGUGAACGGAUGGGCCUUAGUGAUGGCCUAGUUCGGCCUAAGCCAUGAAUGUUAAAUGAUGAAAGUCUGGAAGCUGCCGAACGACUAAGGCCCGGUGCCGGGACGAAGUGUUGCACCUCCACCAAAGAAUGUUUCAAACAAGUCCAUCUGUACCUUUCUCCCAGUCUGUUUUGUUCUGACUCCUGAGAGGAAGAUUGCUCAGAGAAUGUGUGAAAUUAAUUUCCCUUUGGUUUGUUGGUGUGGGUGUUGGUGUGGCGAGGCAAAGCCUAAAUCGGAUUAAUUUGGAGGAAUUCCUGCAUUGAUUCUCGGAUUUCAAACGAUUCAAUGAAUAUUCUUUAUCCUGCAGGCAUCAUUUCCCUAAGAAAUUCUCGUGAGGCCAUGAAAAGAAGAAUACAAAUUUCAAAAAGGACAGAAUACGAAUCCGGCAUACCAAAAAA